UUACAAAACAGCAUAGAGAGCAGUUUUGGUGCAGCCAGUUUCGGGACACGAUAUGACAAGCGACAACGUAAAAUGAAUAAAAGCCCAGCGAGUCCCGUUUUAUGCCCUUCGCUCGUGCACUAACGCCAUGAGUAGCGCACUUGAUGACUCAAAGGUAACAGAGUCAAGUAUGGACCACGAACUCUACACUGUACAGAGUCCCUCCGAUGACAUUAAAGAUGGCCCAGACCAGGCAGAAUUCAUUUAUAAAAUGUCAAAUGAAGAAUUUGUUAGAUUCGUGAAGUUGCGCGUGUCCAACGAUUCACUUUUCACUGGAAAGAGAAAUUCGUCCACUCUGGCUUAUAGGGCCAUCUUAAAGGAGCUGGGUCUGCAAAGAGAGAUUUCCGCCAGCCAGGCAAGGAGGAAAUGGGAAAACCUUAAGAUGAAGUAUAAGGACCUGAAGAAUCCCCCAUCCGGUGUCACUGUAAACCCCACCAACUGGCCCUGGUUCACGCUGAUGGAUGACGCCAUGGAGGGUAGACUCGCAGGAAGCGAAGUCACACUAAAUACGUCCUCUCUGGGCGACGACAGCGAGUAUCGCCCGAACAGCACCUCGCGCAGGAGGAGCAAGAGAGCGCGCGAGCCGGACAGAAGCGAGAUCGAGCUGUUCGUCGAGGAGGACGACAUCAUGUCGGAAGAGAUGGGGCGAGACCGAGUAGAGCUGGACAGAGACCGAGACAGGGAUGAGAUGGAGCACGAAAGAGCCAUCCUGGAGAGCGACAAAGCCGCAAUCGAAUACGAAAGGAUGGUCCUGGAACGAGAAAAGAUGGUUCUGGAUAGAGAGCGAGCAGGGGUGGAGAGAGAACUUGCGGCUUUGGAUAGAGACAGGGCCUCUUUGGAAAGAGAGAAGGCCGCUGUGGAGAGGGACAGGGCGUCUGUGGAGUACAUCCGAGCUCAGCUGGAUAAGGAAAGAGCGAUUUUAGACCGAGAAAGAGCAAAGCUUGAGCGAGAGCGAGCCAUCUUGGAGCAUCAGCGCGGGACGGAGAGAGAGGAGCAGACGGUGGAUUUGAGUGACAAUGCGGAGGGAACUGACAACACUAUUCCUUUGGUGAUGGAGCCAGCAACCUUGGAGAGAAGACAGAAAUUCCUCAACCUGUUCGAAAAGCUUAUCGAAAACUUCUGAAACAAAAACCAUGUGUUCGAAAUGGGACCGUUUACAUAAUCAAUUUUGUACACUUUUUGUUGUAAAUUUUUGCCAAAGUAUUGUGUUGUGCUACAGUGAAUGACUACACUAGUUUCAUUUAUUUUAGUUUAUUGUUUUCGUAGCUGUACAUUAUAAACAUGCAAUUUGAAAGCAGUCAGUGUUGGUUUAAUACCUUUGAAUGUUUCAAGCUAGUGUAACAAGAAAACUGUAAGCCACCUCUGAUUCAGAGAGGUCAUCAGAAAUCUUUAUUGUGUGAUUUUCCAUACAAAACACAACGCUGGGUUACCACACCACACCCCCUCAAAUCAUUAACAAGCCCCUUAGCCCGCACAACAGUGUUUAUUUAAAUGCCAUUAAUGACUUACAACAGUUUGUUAUGCAGUUCUUCUAUAUUUUAUAUUACAGUACAGACUUUACAACAAAUUCAUUGUUAGAAUGCUUUGUUUUAUUGCAUUAGUCAAAUUUACUCUUCAAUUAGUUUAUGCUUGCAUAAUAAACGUUUGAUAAAUUCGAUAUGAAUAUUGACAAUACUUCAUAAUUUUUUAUUUUACAAAACAAACUGGCUAUUGCAACCAGCCCCAAACAUGCACAAAGUACAGCACACACGAACACGUUUGUUUAUUUCAUUUUUUAAAUAAGACUGUGAUAUUUGCAUAUGUAAAUUACUUACAUCAUUUUCAGGUUCAUUAGUAUUUGAUAAAUAAAGAAAUAAAGACUGA